AUGCCGCUUGUACGCAUUGAAUUAUGCGACUUUAAGUCAUAUAGAGGACACCAGACCAUCGGCCCCUUCCACAAUUUUACCUCAGUCAUCGGCCCGAACGGCGCAGGGAAGUCGAAUCUUAUGGAUGCUAUCUCUUUUGUGCUUGGUGUAAAGAGCGCGCAACUACGGAGUAGUCAACUUAAAGACCUCGUCUACCGCGGCCGACGGCUAGCUAGAAACGGGGGAGAACCAGGGUCCGAGGCUACACAGGAGGACGAGGAUGGGGGCGAGGGUGAGGGCGAAGGAUCAGCCAAGAAGGCCUGGGUGCUCGCAGUAAUUCAGGACUUUGGGGGAAAGGAAUGGCAAUUUCAGCGCACAAUCUCGACCACUGGAGCCUCUGAAUACAGGUUGAACAACAAGGUCGUCACGUACAAUUCCUACAACGAGAGACUUGUGGCUCUCAACAUCCUCGUUAAAGCCAAGAACUUCCUUGUCUUCCAAGGAGACGUUGAGGCUGUCGCUUCGCAGUCGCCCAAGGAACUCUCACGUCUCAUUGACCAAAUCAGCGGCUCCCUGGAGCUCGCUCAGGAAUAUGAACGGGCCAAACAGGAACAGGAGCGGGCCACAGAGAACGCGACGUUCAACUUCACGAAACGGAGGGGCAUUGCGGGGGAGAUCAAGCAAUACAAGGAGCAAAAGGGAGAAGCAGAGAGAUUCGAGGCCCUGUGCCAAGACCGAGACGAUGCCAUGCUGCACCGCAUCCUGUUCAAGCUGUAUCACAUCCAACAGGCCCUAGCUUCUCAUGCUGAAGAUAUCAAGCGGCAAAAUGAGACUCUGUCGGACCUCCGCGAUGGGCAGCGUGCUAAUAACGAAGAGCUGGAGACGGCGCGCACAGAGCAAGCCCAGGCUCGGACGGUUGUGAUGCAGAAGGAGAAGCGGGUCAAGCGGGCAGAGAAGGCCCUAGAGGGAAAGCAUCCUGAGUUGGUGCAGGUAGAGGCUCAGAUUGCACACUCAAGGCGCAAACGAGAUAACGCGCACAAGAUCACGGAACAAGUGAGGAAGGAUGCAGGUAGGCAGCGAGGGAAGCUUGAGCAACUUCGAAGAGAUCUUCAGGUUGUUCAAGGUGCUGCGGAUGCCGCUCAAGAGGCGCAGCGCCGGACAAGCCAAAACAGCCUUGCGUUGAGCGAGGAAAGACUAGAGGAAUAUCGCAGGCUAAAAGCACAAGCUAGCGUUCUUGCUGUUGCAGAACGGCAAUCUCUUGAGACGUUAGCAAGAGAAGAGAAGACUGCGGCACGAAACCUGGCUAAACUCAAGGACAAGAUCGAGCAGCUGACUACGAAGAGGACUAAACUUGGCGAAGACGAAGAGGCAGCCAAGAGACGCAGAUCUGAGCUGGAAGAGAAAGUCAAGGAAUUGAAUGAACAGCUCCGGAACGCGAGGACCGAAUUGGAGAAACAGCAGGCUGAGCGCACACGUAUCACCCAGCUGGAACAAGAGAUCAACGAGAAGCUCAUCAAUGUGCAUCAACAGCUCCUUCAGGCGGGCGUCGACCAGAAAGAGUCCGAGCGCGAAGCGAAGCUCAAGGAGACUCUUGGUAACCUGCAGCGGAUCUUCUCUGGCGUGCGUGGCCGUGUGGUCGACCUGUGCAAACCGACGCAGCGCAAGUAUGAACUGGCAGUCUCUACCGUCCUCGGACGGAAUAUUGAUGCUGUAGUUGUUGAUGAAGAGAAGACUGCCAUUGACUGCAUCGAGUAUAUGCGUAAUCAGCGUGCGGGCCAAGCGACCUUUAUCCCGCUCGACACCAUCCAGGCCAAACCCAUCAACGAUAAGUUCCGCUCGUUUGCCAAGGGCGCGCGUCUUGCUGUUGAUGUCAUUCAGUACGACCCCGCUGUUGAGCGUGCGAUCCACCAUGCGUGUGGUAACGCUCUGGUGUGUGAUACCAUUGACAUUGCAAGGCAUGUUUGUUUCGAGAAGGGUCAGGAAGUCAAGGCCGUCACUCUGGAGGGCACUAUCAUACACAAGAGCGGUCUCAUGACUGGAGGCAGGAGCACACACGGGAAUGGCAAGAAGUGGGAAGAGAAAGACGUACAGGGCCUGCAGCGUGUCCGCGACAAGCUGCUGUUCGAUCUUCAGGAGCUUAACAAGAACAAGCCCCGAGGCAAGGCUGAUGACAAUCUGCUUGCUGAGAUUUCACGGCUGGAGCCAGCACUGGCUGUUGCCAGGGACGACUUGAGCGCGUGCAAGUUGCGGCUCAACGGCAUCAAAGAGGAGAUCAAACACAUCGACGGCCAGCUCCGUCAGGAACAGCCCCAGCUGCGCGAUGCCCAGACCGAGCAUGAUCGGUUGCAGGAACAAAUUAAUGCCCUUAAGGCCACAAUCGACGAAGCCGAAGCCGAGGUCUUCGCAUCUUUCUGCGAUGAGAUCGGCGUCGAGAGCAUUCGGGAGUUUGAGGAGCAGCAGCUCAAGGCGGCAGAGGAGGAGAGUGCGGCGCGUCUAGAGUACGACACGCAAAUCGCACGACUGGGUCACCAGUCAGAGUUCGAAGAGGAGCAAGUUCGCACGACCGAGGAGCGGCUCAGGACUCUCGAAGCGACAAUCGCAACAGAGGAGGCGAAUUUGCAGACCCACGAGGAGACGAAGGAGCGCAUACAGGAAGAGCUGAAGGAAGCGGACGAGGCGAUUGCGGUGCUUCAGGAGGAGCUCAAAACACUUAACGAGGACCUCGACGAGAAGAAUAAGGUCGUCGAGCAGGUUAAGAAGAAGGCUGCGAAGUCAGCGAAAGCUCUUGACCAGGUGCUCAAAGAGAUUGCGACUAAGAACGACGAAAUCGAGAAACUUGGUCUCGAACGAUCGUCGAUCUAUCGUAGAUGCCGUCUUGAAGAGAUCAAGCUGCCGCUCAUCGAGGGUAACCUAAAGAACGUCCCCAUGGAAGAGAACCUUCGUGACGAAGUCGCCAUGGAUGUCGACGAGGACGAAGAGGGCAGCCAGCACGUCAAGAGUGUUCCCGACUACGGUAUCGAGAUUGACUUCUCGUCAUUGGAUGAGGAGGACCUUGAGGAUGGCUCCGCAGACCGGCUUGCGCAGCUGGACGAGCAGAUUGCGAAACUGUCCACCGAUAUUGAGAAGAUGGCACCUAACCUGAAGGCACUGGAGCGGCUUGAUGACGUCGAAAAUAAGCUCCUCGAGACGGAGAAGGAAGCUGAAAAGGCUCGCAAGGAGUCCAAGGCAGCUCGAGAUGGUUUCAACGAAAUCAAGAAGAAACGAUGCAACAUGUUCAACGCAGCAUACAACCACAUUUCUGAGCGUAUCGAUCAAGUCUACAAGGACCUUACCAAAGGCAAGGCUGCGCCUAUGGGUGGCGUGGCGUACCUGAGCUUGGAGGAUAGCGAGGAACCAUAUAUUGCCGGCAUCAAAUAUCACGCGAUGCCUCCCAUGAAGCGCUUCCGCGACAUGGAGCAGCUAUCCGGCGGUGAGAAGACGAUCGCGGCGCUAGCGUUGCUCUUCGCAAUCCACAGUUACCAACCGGCGCCGUUCUUCGUGCUCGACGAGGUCGAUGCGGCGCUAGACAACACGAAUGUGGCCAAAAUCGCGAACUACAUCCGCGCGCACGCGUCCGAAUCGUUCCAGUUCAUCGUUAUCAGCCUCAAAGGCUCGCUGUACGAGCGUAGUAACUCACUUGUGGGCAUCUACCGCGAUCAGGACGUGAACAGUUCACGGACGCUUACGCUAGAUCUCACGCAGUACGACGAGUAGAUGAGACACCAAUGAUAUCCUCCACCCCUACCCCAUUGUAUUCUGUGUCGGUUGAUAGUUCCAGAAACCUUUGUAAUGUCAGAGAUCGUGUAAAAUACGACCUAUCUCCUAUUAUUUGCUACAAGCCACGCUCUCGUUGUCCCCUCACGUCGAUCAAGAGGUAAUAAUACACUUCGACUAUACAGGUGCGCUGUAGCUCGUUCUUUGUCUCUACAAGACCAAAGCAUUGUGACCCGGCCAGUUUCUGAAGCCCAAAUCGACAGCUGGAAAAGCAUGGGUCUGUCAAUGAGCUUGCAGGAUACUAACAAAGACACUUACGCCAUGGCGGCAUGUUGAAUCGCUUCUGCUUGCCGGUAGAAGCGAGCCCGUCGAGCUGCUCGAUGUCUUCCUUCGUCAGCAUCUUGUAUGCCGCGAUCGUGCCCUUGAAAUUCGCAGCAAUGCGCGCCGGUGUUACGGACUUUGGCAGGACGACGUAGCCCUUGGCGACUGCAUACAGAUUGAGCGC